CGGUAGUAUCAGGAACCUCCUUUUGAUGCCCAAGUCCGUCUUCAAUGCCAUUGGCCAUCCAAUUAUCUGCGAAGGAAAAAAGGAAGAAGCAAAAGUGAAUAGCAUCUAUUGGCAAUGACAUACCCGUCCUCCUCCUGCCUAGCGAGGAGGCUCAAAUCUCAACCCUCGACCUCGUAUUAGCCCCGGCAUCCCGGUUUGGGCUACAGCUAAGGGGAGCUUGUAACAUAUAAUACCCUUCCUCGGGGGUCAGCCCGUCUUUCUCCAAAGGAAGCUCUUCAAUUUGUAAUUCCGGUGCAUGUCUCUGAAGAUCCAUAUCAACGCAAAGCAAGUGCAUGACGCAAUUUCUUUUUUACCAUCUCUCUUCUUAUCCAGUUGCUAUAGGGUUUCAUUCCGGGGCCGAGGACGGCGUCUCGUUCUCUUUAUCUCCUUCGCCUCGCUUCUUCGUGAUCCUAAGCGAAGCUUAGCGAUCCGUUUGCAUCAGAGAGUGCUCGACCAUGAUCGUAGUCAGCUAUACAUCGACGUCGAUGUGGCAGCACAGAGAAUCAGAUCCACUAGGAGAUGCAGCAUCUUAAGUUAAAGGGUUAUUGCUAGGUUUUGGCUGAUAUACGCCUACCGAUUAGGCUCUUUGAUGUCGUGCAUCUCGAUGACAGGCACACCCAGGGGCGCAUAACGAAGCCGGUCCAGAACCAACUCAGACCUUUCAAGGGGUAGGUUACGCUUUCGAUUUUCUUUUCAUGAUUUCUUUCCUUUGCAACUUCCCGAAGUUAGGACUAGACUUCAGCCAAAAGACCGAAACCGCCUACGACAGACUGACGAUACUGACCGGGCAUUUAUGGAGAAACGGCCCGUUAAGCCGCGUCCGGGACAAGCCUUGCGUAGGUCGACUCGCUCCCAAGGACACCGGGAUCAGGACGGAAAUCCCGGGCUCGACUAAAUGCACGG